AUGGAUUCAGGAAUAAAGAAUGCAACAGUGAUAAAAGUGAUUGGAAGGACAGGAUCAAGGGGACAGGUGACUCAAGUAAGAGUUGAAUUUAUGGAUCACUCCAAACGUCAAAUUACAAGAAAUGUGAAAGGUCCUGUCAGAGUUGGUGAUGUUCUUACUCUGCUCGAGUCUGAAAGAGAGGCUAGGAGGCUUCGUUGA